AUGGGUAUCGACCUGGACCGCCACCAUGUGCGGAGCAGCCACCGCAAGGCUCCCAAGAGCGACAACGUCUAUUUGCAGGUGUUGGUGAAGCUUUACCGCUUCCUUGCCCGCCGUACCGAGUCCAACUUCAACAAGGCUGUUCUCCGUCGUCUCUUUAUGUCGAGAAUUAACCGCCCCCCUGUUUCGCUCUCGCGUGCCGUCGCGAACAUCAGCGAGGCCCAGAAGGGCAAGACCGUCGUCGUCAUCGGCACCGUUACCGAUGACAACCGCCUCCUGAACGUUCCCAAGCUCUCGAUCGCUGCUCUCCGCUUCACCGCCACCGCUCGCGCUCGCAUUGAGAAGGCUGGUGGUGAGACUUUGACCCUGGACCAGCUUGCUCUCCGCGCUCCCACCGGUGCCAACACCCUCCUCCUUCGUGGACCCAAGAACUCCCGUGAGGCCGUGAAGCACUUCGGCUUCGGUCCCCACACUGACAAGAAGCCCUACGUUGGCAGCAAGGGCCGCAAGUUCGAGCGUGCCCGUGGUCGCAGAAGGUCCAAGGGUUUCAAGGUCUAA